CUCAUGCUCAACUGCUAAGUCCUACUUGACCUGAGCUUCAGACUCCUGCUCUCUUCUAAGGAGUCUCUUCACUCAGCAUUAACCAUGAAGGCCGUAUUCCUUCUUUUUGCCCUCUUUGUGCUUUCCUACCAAGCUGUCCCAGGAAAUGCUCAAGGGCCACAUGCUGACACGCUUGCUUGUGGUAGAAGUGGUGGAUCCUGUAUGCUUGGUCUAUGCAGAGGUCUUUCUGUCGAAGAUGGAACCUGCCAAGGAGGGACUAUGAAGUGUUGUAGAUGGCCUCGCCCAGCAUAACUUUCUGAAGAAGACAGUGAACAACAAUACAUAGACUGGGAUACAAAGCCAUUUUCCUUGGGCGUAAACCUCUAGAUGGAACAGGAAAUACAUACUGAAGCCAACAAGUUUUGUCAGUUGUAAGAUCAUUCCUCUGUGCAUUAAAAACAAAUUAUCUUUA